AUGUGGUUUGGAAGACUUCGAGUUUUCCUUCAAUGGUCAAAGAGGUCUCCCAGCACCCUGGUCCAUACAGGAGAAUACACUCUGGUCCAUACAGGAGAAUACACUCUGGUCCAUACAGGAGAAUGCACUCUGGUCCAUACAGGAGAAUACACUCUGGUCCAUACAGGAGAAUACACUCUGGUCCAUACAGGAGAAUACACUCAGGUCCAUACAGGAGAAUACACUCUGGUCCAUAAAGGAGAAUACACUCUGGUCCAUACAGGAGAAUGCACUCUGGUCCAUACAGGAGAAUGCACUCUGGUCCAUAAAGGAGAAUACACUCUGGUCCAUACAGGAGAAUACACUCUGGUCCAUACAGGAGAAUACACUCUGGUCCAUACAGGAGAAUGCACUCUGGUCCAUACAGGAGAAUGCACUCUGGUCCAUACAGGAGAAUACACUCUGGUCCAUACAGGAGAAUACACUCAGGUCCAUACAGGAGAAUAUACUCUGGUCCAUACAGGAGAAUACACUCUGGUCCAUACAGGAGAAUACACUCUGGUCCAUACAGGAGAAUGCACUCUGGUCCAUACAGGAGAAUGCACUCUGGUCCAUACAGGAGAAUACACUCAGGUCCAUAUAGGAGAAUACAUUCUGGUCCAUACAGGAGAAUACACUCUGCUCCAUACAGGAGAAUGCACUCUGGUCCAUACAGGAGAAUGCACUCUGGUCCAUACAGGAGAAUACUGGGACAUUGCUGUUAAAGAUGGAUCUAGGUUAAUCUUAUCUUUGGAAUGUCUCAAAUGUAAAUAA